CUUGUGACACCUGGUGAAGUAAAUUGUUGGUAUGUUGGAUUAAAAUAUGAAAUCUUAUACCUAUUAAGGAGAAGGAAAAAUAAAGCAAGAAACAAUCUUUUUUAUUGACUUCUCUCGCGACUCCGUAAGGAGAACCCGACAAACUUCUUCCUCCGUGUGUUCGCGAGACCUCCGGUCGCAGUGAGUGAGUGAGAGUGGUCCGCCAAACAACAACAAACUGACUCCCAACUUCUUUCUCUCUCUCCCUCUCUCGCUCCCCGACGUCACCCAGGUGAAAUCAAGUUAUAAUUCUCCAGACUGCUGGUGUCGCCCAAUGCAUUUACAGGUGCGAGAGGAGUUUUAAAACAGAUUUGAAGAGAACACGUCACCAGCCCAUCAUUAUUAUUUGGAAGUCCGAAGGGAGAGGGCCUUGAGGGAAUCGAUGGUGAAACUGAAGACGAUGCGGAGGUGGUUUUCAUCUGUCACUCUAAUUGCGUUUGCAUUAGCAGUGAUAUUCAGCUGGAGUUUGGUGUCGUCGAAGACUUCAGAUGAUAUUCAUAGAAAAGCUAACCAGAUUGACUACACAGAAUCUCAGCAUCAAACCUCCCACCAAUUUGAUAAUGAUGCUCAACAGCAAACAUUGGCUAAACAUGGAAUUACUAACUUGGAUGACGCAGCAUCUAGAAUUAAAGAACUUGAAGAAAGACUACGGGAAAUUGAGUUCCGUAUUCCAAAGAAGUAUCCUGAAGUGAAGUUUUUAACAUACAAAGAUAGAAAAAGGAUUUUGAUAACUGGAGGUGCUGGAUUUGUUGGAUCACAUCUCACUGACCGUCUUAUGAUGGAAGGUCAUGAAGUUAUUGUUGUUGACAAUUUCUUUACUGGAAGAAAGCGCAACGUUGAACACUGGGAAGGUCAUGAAAAUUUUGAGCUUAUUCAUCAUGAUAUAGUGAAUCCCAUUUUCAUUGAAGUUGAUCAGAUUUAUCAUUUGGCAAGUCCUGCUUCACCACCACAUUACAUGUACAACCCAGUGAAGACCAUAAAAACUAAUACUUUGGGGACCAUCAACAUGCUAGGGUUGGCCAAACGUGUUGGUGCAAGGAUCUUGAUAGCCAGUACAUCUGAGGUAUAUGGUGAUCCUGAGGUUCAUCCCCAGCCAGAGACCUACUGGGGGCAUGUAAAUCCAAUUGGCCCUCGUGCAUGUUAUGAUGAAGCAAAGCGUGUAUCAGAAACACUAGCUUAUUCAUAUAAUAAGCAAGAAAAAACUGAAGUUCGAGUGGCUAGGAUCUUCAAUACAUAUGGACCAAGAAUGCAUAUGAAUGAUGGUAGAGUGGUAUCAAACUUCAUUCUUCAAGCAUUAACUGGUGACAGCAUUACAAUUUAUGGAACUGGUAAACAGACUCGAUCAUUCCAGUAUGUAUCAGAUCUGGUAGAUGGCUUGAUAAAGCUGAUGAACUCCAAUUAUUCAUUACCUGUAAAUCUCGGCAAUCCAGAUGAACAUACUAUUAAAGAAUUUGCUACCAUCAUCCACAAAUUAGUAGAAGGAAAUAACAGUACAAUUGUUCAUAAAGAAGCUAUGGAAGAUGAUCCUCAGAGACGAAAGCCAGACAUAACAAGAGCAAACACUAUUCUUGGAUGGAAGCCAAUUGUUCCACUUGAGGAGGGCAUUAAAAAAACUGUGCAGUAUUUCCAAGGAGAAUUACAAAGAUCUAAACAUUCAGAAAGGAACUUUCAUGAUCCUUCCCGAGUAAAAAUAAGAAAAGUUACUAAUCAGUUUAAUGAAAUUUAAAUUUUAAAUGUCCUAUUCUUUUGUUUUUAAAUCACAUGGGUGCAAUAGUAUAUAAAUCCAUAAAUUACAGUUUUAUAUGUUGAAUCUUGAUAUUUGUGUAUAUAUGGAAAUAUUUAAUGACUGCAUUUCCUGGUAUUCACAUGCAUUGGCAGUAUUGUAUUUAUCCCGAAUUUAAAUAUCGUAGUGCCAGAUAGUGAAGAGUGAGGAUAAUCUCGUAGAAGUUAUGUGCAAUUAAUUGUAUUUAUUGAAAUUUUUUUGAGCUCAUAGAGGUUAAGGUUUUAUAUUACUAAAUGCUGUGACAUAAUUUUUAAGAUAUUUUUAUGAGGAUGAGAGGACUGUUUAAGUUCUUGAAUGGAAAGAAUUUUAUUAUUAUUCUGGUUAUGGAAAUCUAACAACACUAUUUGCGAUUAAACUCUUAGCCCUACCGGGAGAAUAGUCUUUGCAUAGAAAGACAAAAAUGACUGAAAUACAUCAGGUAAUAUUAAACUGUAGUGUUGUCUUGUACAGAGUUUUACUAAAUUACCAGUGUGUGUUUUUCUCAGAGUUGCUAUGGGGUGUGGCUUUUGCCAUGUAUAAAUUAAUCCUUCAUAUUUUGUUUUGCUGAUUUAAAUGGUUUUGAAAUGCUUAUUUUUAACUUAUUGUAUUCAAAAAUAUUGUAAAUGUUAGCUGUUCAAAAAUCCAGUUGAAAAAUUUGUUGACAUCCAGGGUCAACUAGUUCAAGAAAAAACUGCACAAGGCAAAUUUUAUGCUUCUCGGUACCAUUCAUGUUGUGCUUAUAUGAUUGGUAAGAUUAACUAUGAAAUUUAUUUUUUGUUAAUAAAAUUUAAGUUGAACAAUGGUUGUUUCUGACAAGGACACUGGUAUUAUUUUAUACGUAGGGAUGGGAAAACCGGAAGGAAACUGUGACCGAGUACAAGGUACGGACUAAAUUAUUUAUUAAGAGGAUUUUUAUGGUAUUUGUGUAAUUUAAGUCACUCCUUGGUUAAGAUCAACACAACAUUCCCCAGGUUUUCUAUGGAGACCUUUUGAAGAAAUGUUUUAAGCUUAAAAAUUUCUAAUUAGUUUCUGAAAGUAACAGCUACAGAAGUUCAAUUUUUCUGAGUAAAAAUUGUGCUCUAUGUUAUACUACUACUUGCAAGUCUGUUUCAUAAUUUUUCUUAUAAAAGUUUUAUACAAUUUCAGUUUACUGGAAACAGUGUGAUAGUUGAGGAUGAUACUAAAUAAAUAGCCUUAAAAUAAUUUGUUCCUACGAGAAUACAAAUCAUUGCCUCUUACAUAGGCAUAUUCCUGGAACGAACUGGAAACAUCAGUUGAAUCUUGAUUAGGUGAUGGUUAGAAGGUGUCUAAAUUGAUGUCGGGUAGAUAAGUGGUUGGGCACUGGGCACUCACAUGUCAGAAACCUAUCACUUAAUUUUUUAUGGUCAUUGUCAAACCAAGAAUUUUUAUUGAUUAUGUGGUCACAGUUCUUGAUGUAGUUGUGGUGCUUGACAUUGAAGGUUAGUUAUGUGUUUGUGGUUGUCCAGUAUGCCUUUUUGUGUGUAAUGGUUAUUCAGUAUGCUAGGGAUACGAGAACAAUAAUCUUCAUUAUUUUUCUUCAGCAGCAGCUUGUGUCUUGAAACCUCCGCUUCACCAUAUUUACAUACAGGUUAAUUAUUUUGUCUUUUAAAUAGGACUUUUGAAGCACUUCAACUUUUCAGAUUUUUUCACUUGUUGGAUACUUUUGAGUCUGGAAAAUUUUUUAAAUUUCUUAACAGAAUAAUCAUGUUGAAAUGUACAAGACUGAUAAAUGCCUUUCUAACCUUGUAAUUGUAGCUUCUUUCAUUCUAGGUCAACUGACCCAUUAUGGUCCUACCCUGUACCUUUCUGUCACUCACUUGGACAUGUAGCUUGUAGUUCUCUGCCUCAUAAAUAGACUAUGCUUCAUAUCAAAAAGUGAUGUGUGUCUAGCAUAAUUGAAUGGCAACCUGGGUGCACUAGUCUAUUAGAGGUGUUAUUUUGCCAAGUUAUUCUUUGUGGGUGUUUUCUCUGGUACAAUUUCUUUCAUGUAAAUGAACCUGAAAACUAUUAACAUGUUUUUGUUGAACAGUAAGUAUCACUCAUUUAUAUGAUUAAUUAAUUUUUAGGCCUUAUAAUGUGAAAGUUAAUUUUAAAUUAAAAUAAAAUUAUAAAAAUUAGAAAAUUAAUUUAUAGGCCUUAUAAUGUGAAAGUUAAUUUUAAAUUAGAAUAAUAAAACUAAAAAUUAGAGUAGUGUUUAAAUUAUGUGACAGAAAUUUCAGGAAUAAAAAUUUUUGGAAGAAUUAAGUAAACUGAAAUGUAGGCCUCACUGAUCUAAAGGUUUUGUCUUUUAUAAUUUUACUUUAUAAUAAUUCCAUAUCUAUUUAGGCAUCUUGCAAGCUGCUGAAUGUAAUAAAGAAUGCUACAAUACACAAGGAUGAUCAUAAAUGACCAUGUUUUUUUCAUGUUGUGGUGCCAGUGUCUUGGGGAAACAAAGGUUGUGUGUGAACCUCACUAGAGAAGCAGUUGAGGUUCUGUCUAACCUUCCUGCUCUCUCCUUCCUUCCUUCUCUCUUCCUGUAGAAGGGAUGGUUUUUGUUCUUCAAAGGAGCAGUUGCUGAGAGAGUGCUGGUAGUCACAAAGUUCUUGAAUGACCUUCUGUAAGAGUUCUAGGGUUUCCUUCUUAGUUGCAGGUCUUGACAGUUACCCGUGCUCAUCGUCAUAUUUCGUAACUGUUAAGUGUUCAUGCUAUGCUGUUCAUAGGAACAAAAAAAGAGAAUCAUGAUGAAGGGCAGAGUAUGUGUAUGCAUUUCUCUAUCCUUUCCAUCUUUGUUAUUUUCCUUUUCUGGCUUGCAAGCGUGCCUGUGCCCGUCUCCUUUCUGACUUUUAUGAUUUAACUUCUAAACCCUUAAACCCUAAUUGUAGGGUGUUACUACACUUCUUUUGACACAGGGAUGGUGAUCAUGGGCUUGUACCCGAUCCCUUAUGCCCUGGUUGUUCACAUCCUGCGACAAUUGUUAAUUCUGUUGCUAGGGUUUCUGUUUGUUGCCCAAGUCAUGGGUUGGCACAGACUCUUUGGCUGUUUUCAUUUAGGGCUGAAUAUAGUAGUCAGUAUGGUGGAUGUAGGAAACAUGGUUUCUGCCUUCACUCUUCUUCCUAUCUUUGAGUUGUUGUUUGUCCUUAUCAUCAUCUCCUGUCUCGGUCUUCGACUACUACAAACGUGGCGUUCAGGAGAGUCUCCUCUUUAUUGUUGUCCAGGACCCUUGGAGUAUUCAUUCAAUAAAAGUAGUUAGGGACUAACUUCAGAAGUUGUUUAUUUACUCUUGAUUCCUUGUUCAUAUUUGUCUAAAAGGCUAUGCUCUGGAAGUUCUGCCAUUGACAGUUUUAGUCCAUAAAUUCUAUUACUUUCCCAUGGGGCUGAGCAGAAGGCAUUAACCCUUAAACGCCGAGUGGACGUAUUUUACGUCUACAUUUUUUGUCUCUCGGGUGCCGACUGGACGUAUUUUACAUUUACAUACAAAAGUUUUUCUAAAAAUUCGCGGAAAAAUACUUAUAGGUCUACCAGACGAAAACUCUUGAAUCACGCACCUUGGGGGAUGCUGGGAGUUCACGGAUCAAGGUGUUGUUUUGUUUACAAUUGUUACACAGGCGCGCAAGCGCGAAUUUCUUUCUUGCCGCACUAAAAAGUAUCGGUGACACAUCUCGGAAAUUAUUUCAUCACUUUGACAUAAUUUUUGCACCAUUUUAAAUUAGCAUUUACAUGGAGUGUUGUAUAUGAAAAUGUGCCCAUUUUUAUGUAGAAUACAACAAAAAAAUACUCACGAUUGUAGCUUUUAUCGUUUUGAGAUAUUUUCAUAUAAAUAACGAUGUGCCAAAAUUUCAACCAUCGGUCAACUUUGACUCUACCGAAAUGGUCAAAAAACGCAAUUGUAAGCUAAAACUUAUAUUUUAGUAAUAUUCAAUCAUUUACCUUCAUUUUGCAACAAAUUGGAAGUCUCUAGCACAAUAUUUCGAUUUAUGGUGAAUUUAUGAAAAAACUUUUUCCUUAUGUCCGUGCGGUAACUCUUCCGAAAAAAAUCAUACAUGCGAUUGUGGUAAUGUUUGCACCAUUUUAAAAUUAGCCAUAACAUAAAGUUUUAUAUAUGGAAAUGUGCGCAAUUUCAUGUAAAAUACAACUAAUAACAACCCAUGGUUGUAGCUUUUAUCAGUUUUGAAAUAUUUUCAUAUAAAAAAUGAUAAGUGACAAAUUUUCAGCCUUCGGUCAAAUUUGACUCUACUGAAAUGGUCGAAAAAUGCAAUUGUAAGCUAAAAUUCUUAUAUUCUAGUAAUAUUCAAUCAUUUACCUUUAUUUUGCAACAAAUUGGAAGUCUCUAGCAUAAUAUUUCGAUUUAUGGUGAAUUUAUGAAAAAAAUAACAUUUUCUGUACGUCCGCGCGGUAACUCUUCCGAAAAAAUCAUACGUGCGAUUGUGGUAAUGUUUGCACCAUUUUAUAUUAGCCGUUACAUAAAGUUUUAUAUAUGAAAAUGUGCGCAAUUUCAUGGAAUACAACCAAAAAUAAUUGAAGGUUGUAGCUUUUCUCAUUUUUGAAAUAUUUGCAUAUAAAUCACGAUAAAUAUAAAAAAAACCACGUUCGGUCAACUUUGACUCUACCGAAAUGAUAGAAAAACGCAAUUGUAAGCUAAAACUCUUACAGUCUAGUAAUAUUCAGUCAUUUAUCUUCAUCUUGAAACAAAUUCGAAGUCUCUAGCACAAUAUUUAGAUUUAUGGUGAAUUAAAAAAAAAAAACUCCUUCCCUCCGGGCGCAAAUCUCCGAAAUGUGUACGUCGCAUUCUCGGAAUAUUUGCUCCGUUUCAUAUUAGGCAUUUCAUAGAGUUUUAUAUAUGAAAAUGUGCGCAAUUUUAUGUAGAAUAAAACUAAAAAUAUUUGAAGGUUAUAGCUUUUCUAAUUUCCAAAAUAAUUGCAUAUAAAAAAAAUGAUAAAAUUCGACAUUUGGUCAACUUUAACUCAUCAGAUAUGGUAGAAAACUGCAAUUGUAAGCUAAUACUCUUACAGUAUAGUAAUAUUCAAUCAUUUGUCUUCAUUUUGAAACAAAUUGGAAGUCUCUAGCACAAUAUUUAGAUUUAUGGUGAAUUUUUGAAAAAAAAUAUUUGUUUACGUCUGCGUGUUACGAAUUCAUGCAUCAUUUUGUGAUAAUAUUUUCUCUGUGUUGCUUUUAUUGUUUUACAACGUGUUAUAUACCAAAAUGAUCGCAAUUUAGUGUACAUUACAAUGAAAAAAAAUUAACUUUUGCGCAUAGCGCGAUUUGAAUACAAUUAUAUAUGAAAUAUUGCAUUAUUUAUAUAUGAUAAUGAUAAUUUUUUUCAUUUCUGAUGGUUGCAUACUAAACUUCAGGCAAUGACAAAAAAAGGAGCCAAAAAUGAACUCGUAAUCUUGAAAACUAAGCGCGCUGUGAUUUUUUGAAAAAAAAAAAUUUUUCCGCUUCCGCUCUCACUCCGAGCCCCCCGGCACACGGAAGACGAUUUUUAAUAUACCCCUUCGGCGUUUAAGGGUUAAGGUACUAGUAGGAAACAUGGUUUUCAUCUAUUCCCUUCAUCCUGUCUUUUUAGUUCUUCCCCUCUUGAUGUGAACACAGAACUGGAUCCCAUUCAUUACUAUGAUCAGUAUGUUAAUCAUUUGCUAAUACUCUUCCUUAUUUACCUCAGUUAUCAAUGGUCUUCAGUCUCUUGGCGAUUGUUAUCGCCCUUAUGAUAACUUCAGAUAUGUGUACCUUGUUUGUGAGUAUGCAUUACCUGCACCUGUGCUUGUGUACAACAUGUACUAUUCAUGCAUAUUUAGUGCCUCACCAUCACAUAAUACUGGGAGUGGUUUUAUGGCUUGGUUAGUACUCUGCAUAUAGGACUGCUUCUGGAUAUUAGUUCAAAUAUGCAUGAUCUACUGCAGUGCCCAGGUUUAUGGAGUUAUGUAUGGCACUGUAGGGUCUUAUUAAGUGGUAUAGUCUUUAAUCAAAAAAGCAAUCUUAGGGCAGGUUGAUGUGUCUGCUGGGAUCAACUGGGAUCUAUGGACCUCUUGCCUUUAAAUCAAUGUAAGCAAAUUAGAUAACUUACCAUCAGCUCUCAUGACAGUCAUUCUUGUGACGUUUUCACAGAACUGCCCUACAUGCAGCAUGUAGUUCACAUGGCUACUCUUGGGUUGCAGGAAAAAAAAAAAUUUUUUUCCUAUGAAAAAAUUGAGUUCUCUCCCCACAAUUUUCUGAUUUUGCAUGAGUUUCCUAUUUGAUCCUCAUCCUCUUGGCCUGUUUCAUCUCAACUCCAGGAAUUGAUGAAUUGUCAUGAAUCAUUUUGUUCUUCCUAACUCCCCCACUUCCUCUCAGUGAGGUUUGAGUGAGCUUCUACUUCACCCUUAUUGAGCUUUCUGGUAAAGCAACUGGAAAUUACAUGCUUGGAGUUUCUCCCAUGGUGCUUUCCUCUGGUCAUGACACACCUACCACUUCCUACGUAGGUACUGUUUUCCAAAUACAUAGAUGGUGAGCUUGGCAUCUCCCUUUCUGAACUCUUCAAAUAGAAUUUCUAUUAAAUUUGCAAGGGAAACAGUUUUAUCUUUUAGCACACGGUUCAGCUACACCUAAUCUCAUUCAGGCAGACUGUGUUUAGGGUAUCGAGGAGAGGAUCCUGACUGACAGACUACCCUUCUCUUUUUAAAAGGAACACGUUUAAACACCUGAAUACUUUUCUUAAAGGCCCUAAGGUGCAAGGCUGAGCUUUGUUUGGGGAAGGGUACACUUAGUAUUCUAUGUCUCAUCCCCUCCUUAGAGCCAAUGUUAGUUGACUCACCAACCUGAGUUGUGCUGGACUGAUGAAGACAUGAGAGCUACACAACUGAGUACCUGUUCAAAGUCAGCUCUGAUGAUGUAUUCUCUCCAUUUGUUUUAACAAGUGGAAGUGUACUUUGCUAUCAUUUCAUCUGGUGAUGACGUUACCUAUCAAUCAUUUUUUACCCAUUCUCUAAAGAGAAGAUAUUCUUUGGACCUUUUAUAGAGUACAGUUUGAAGGGAUGAAGUGAACUUUGGCAUAGGGCACAAAGUCUGCAUCUAUCUCUAUGCUAGACUGUAUAGAUUGCAGGAGUCAGCCCUCUCCUGUUCAGACACAAGUGGGAAUCUGACAAUUCUUGAUAUGUGUUUGACUGUUCCCCAAAUUAUUUUGCUAUAACCAGAGAGAUGUGGUAUGUGGCAAGAGGUUCACUACCUUCCAUGCUCUUCAAGUAUUGGAACCUUCCUAAUCAAUUCUGUGAGAAAAUUUCCCACUUCAGGAGGGCAAUCCCUUGCAUGCCCUUCAACUUAUGGAACUUUCAUAGUUAAUUCUGUGAGAAAAUCUUCCCACUUCAUGAGUAAAUCUCCUGUACAAGAGGUGAAUGUUUGUAUUCUUGUAGGAACAGAUACCAGAUUUAAAAGAUUGCAUUUUGCCUACUUAUUCAAAACGGCUAUUUAUCACACUCCUAACUCAACCAACCCUACUUAGUGUGUCUGUGCUGAAGAUAAAAUGAUUGGUAACUGAUAAAUGAGUGAGCGGUAUCCUGUCGUCACUUGCCUGCUUGACACCAAUUAACCACCUUAUUACAACAACCAUUUCCAGCUUGUGCCAGAAAUAAGGGGCUCUGGUUUGUAUAUAUUGGGAAAAAUUUAUAUCUUUAAAAUUUGGUACUUUAUUUUCAAGGGCUUUAAGGCUGUUCACAAUAAAAUGCACUCAUAAUACUAUUAUACAUAUGAUGGUCAUACUAUGUAAUUCAUACUGAAGGGGAAGCAAAUCUUAAAAGCUUUUACGUAUACAUAAAAGUAUGUGGCAUUUAAAAAUUUUAUUUUCAUAUCCUUGUGCAGUUUAGACAAGAUCCUGUUAUUUGUUUUGCCCGUCUAGUCAAUUGCACAUUUUAGUCAUAAGAGCACAGUGAUGAUGGACACUUUAUAGCAUUUUCUAUAUAGAUUUAAAGGUAACUGUAUAUGUAUUCCAGAUAUGUUGCUUGAAUAUAUCAUUAAUAGUUUAAGAGCAUUAAACCUAGAUCUCAAAAAUAGUGAGAUUUCUGAAUAGUUUUAAUUUUAUUUAAGAGAAUUUUUUUGUAGCUCCAAUGCAUUUAUAAUUUUUGAGAUGAAUUGACAACCAAAUAUAUAUCACUGUUUACAAAAUGUGUCUAAACAAUAGAAAUAUUUACUACUUUAUCCUAAUGUAAUGCCUGAAAAGACAGGAAUUGGCUUGUGCUGAAUUUCUACUCUGGAUCAAGGUCAGAUUAUAUGGAGAGAAUCUGGAAGUUUUACCAGUACCUGUGGAAGUUUACAAGUACUAAUGUUUUCCUGAUAUGAAUGGUAAGCCUCCAAGAUUAUAUUAAGCCAGAGCAAUUCUGCAGUUAACACUGUAAUGUGGAAAAAUGAAUACAAGUAGAAGCAUUCACUUAAUGAUAUGGAAAAAUGGAUUAAAGUAGAAGCAUGCACUUACUACUCUAGAAGACAGGGUAACGUAGCCCAACCCUUACAAGGAACAACUAGUGUACUGCUCAAACCCUCUUUGGUUUCAAAUUUGCUAGGCAUGGCCAUAGCUAGUAAACAAUCCAAAGUAAAAACAUAAAGGAUGGGUGGUGAAGCUGGACACUAUGCUUCAGCCAAUAGGAUUGGAUUUUUAGAGGUAUAAAAUUAGAAUAACAGUUGGAAUAAUAUGCCUCACAUGGUAAAGGAUACAGUACUCGAAUGACAGUAUAUGCAUUGGUAUAUGAAUAUUGGUUUGAUGUAUUCAUCAGUGGGAUGAAAGCUGUGGUGCUUCCAUUUCCAAAGAGUAGAAGCCUU